AUGAGACCGUUAUUUUUCAGCCAGCUGCUUUUCGUCGGCAUACAGGCGUCAAAAAUAGACGUAUCCCAACCGAUCCGUGCCGAUCAAGCCAAUUGUCAUCUCUAUGCCAUCCAGCCAAGUGACAGCUGCAUUGAUAUCAGCAGCAAAAAUAACAUUACCUAUGCCCAACUGCUCUCCUGGAACCCUUCAAUUAAACCUACAUGCUCCCCAUUGGGGAAUUGUGUCACUUCCUGUAUCAGUACUGAUGUAUUUGACAGCCCAAUUCCGUCUCCCACACUGGAUCAUACAACAUCUCGCUGCGCCAACUAUUACAAAGUUGUCGAGGGCGAUGACUGCCCACACUUGACUGCGCUGUUUGCCAUUACAUUGACGGAUUUCCUCUUUUUGAAUUCUGAAGUCUGGCAGAAUUGCACAAAUCUGCAAAUAGGGUAUUAUUACUGCGUUGAGCCUGUCGGAUAUAUUUCGACAUACCCCGGAUAUGGAUCUACGCCUACAACCAGACCGUUCAAUCAGACUAGCGCGACAUCUCUGCCGUAUUCUGGGGAUCCAUGGGCCAAGUUUUCAUCAAACGUUUCAGUGAUACCUAUAGCAAACAACACACGCGUAGACUGCUACUCGUAUGUCUACAUAACCAACCUCACGGAUAAUCUAUUUGCAGACUGCUGGAAUAUGGCAUCGAUGUAUGACAUUACUCCCGAGGAGCUGGUACUUUGGAAUCCGUCCCUCAGCGAAGAUGGGUCAGCUUCAGGAUCAGACCUGUCAUCUGCUGAUGUUAAUGGAAUUGCAUCGGCCAUAGCAGUCGCGACAACCGCGUCGAGCCCCCCGAGCACCCCUUACACCUAUCCGUGUACGGUGGCUGCGAAUACUUCAUACUGCGUAGCUUUAGUUUCUCCCACAGUUGGUAAGUCAUCCCCAUCGACAGUAACUCCGCCCCCCGGUCCUCAUGCAGCAGGAGAGAUAUCUAAUUGCACGACCUGGUACGCACUCGAUAGCUCCGAUACGUGCCAGGAAGUCUUACAAAUUGCUCAUUUAACGUUUGCCGAGUUCUACGGAAUGAACCCCUCCGUUGGUCCAUACUGCGCCGGACUCGUCUUGGGAACAAACUAUUGUAUCUCAACCUACCCCAAUGGUAUGAAACUGAACGAUGAUUGGGAUGGAGAUGACAGCAUCCCAUCUUCCUCAUCUUCGACCACAUCCAUGGUCACUGGAAUUGUCACCCCUAUGCCAACACAAAGCGGCAUGGUCAGCAACUGCAAUAAGUUCUACGACGUCCACUCAGGAGAUGGCUGUUCAGCCAUUGCAAGCAGCCAGCAUGUUGACCUGAGCUCGUUUUAUAAAUGGAACCCGGCUGUGAAGACGGACUGCUCUGGUCUCCAGGCCAGUGUCUAUGUCUGUAUCGGCGUGGCCACAACAUCCGCAUCUAGUACGACCUCCACGUCUGCUUCUAAACCAACAACCACUUCUAAACUGGCUUCUACUACUUCCAAGCCCACGACUACAUCUAAAUCCACAGGAAUCAUAACCCCUACGCCAACACAAAGCGGCAUGGUUAAGAAUUGCAACAAGUUCUAUGAUGUCCGCGCCGGAGACGGCUGUGCAGUAAUCGCAAGCAGUCAGCAAAUCGACCUAAGUUCAUUUUACAAGUGGAACCCAGCAGUUAAAACUGACUGUUCCGGACUCCAAGCAAGCGUCUAUGUGUGCAUUGGCACCGUAGCAACUGCAACAACUUCCAGCAUAACCACACCUACACCUACUCAGAGCGGCAUGGUGAGCGGUUGUACCAAAUUCUACGACGUCCACGCUGGAGAUGGUUGUUCAGCUAUUGCAAACAGCCAGCAUAUCUCGCUGUCUUCGCUGUAUAAGUGGAAUCCGGCAGUUAAAACAGACUGCUCUGGUCUCCAAGCAAGCGUGUAUAUAUGUAUUGGUGUGGCGACUGCA